UUCAGUAUUUCUGAACGGAAACUGAACUGUCAAACAUUAUCGUGAAUAGUGAAACGCCGAACAAUAUUUUAUGUGCGAUUAUUGUUAAAAUCCAGUUUAAAUACAAUUUUUUAUUAAAAUCUUAAAAGCUUUAUUUGAACAAUGGCCCAAGCUGCACUACCAAACCCGAAUACAUUAUUACCGCUCGAAUUAGUCGACAAGUGUAUUGGAUCGCGAAUUCAUAUUAUAAUGAAAAACGACAAAGAAAUGGUGGGAACUCUGCAAGGUUUUGAUGAUUUCGUCAAUAUGUUGCUAGAUGACGUCACGGAAUACGAAUCUACGCCGGAGGGGAGAAAAAUAACGAAACUUGAUCAAAUACUUCUGAAUGGAAACAAUAUUGCAAUGUUGGUGCCUGGUGGUGAAAUGCCGGGAGACUCGUACGAGGCACAAUGAUAUUUACUGAUAAGCUUUAGUUUUAAAUAAACUUACUGUGUAUAAGC